CUCAGCUUUAAUGAAUAAAAUAAGUUCAUAGAUUCAAUGGCUAAUGAAUAGAAAUAGUGUAUAAGAACCAUCAUUAAGCAAUGAUAUUAAAUCUCCAAGAAGCAAUCAAAAAACUGCAAAGACAGAACGACCUUAAUCUAAAACUAAAAAAAAUGACUUAUUAGAUUAUUUGAAGAAUGAAAGAAAUAAAAUUACCCAGACGUUUAAUUCUGUAAAGAAUACGUUGUAAGGAAGCAAAAGCAUUGAUACUUUAUAAACGUAAAGUUAGAAAAGUGAGCGUUUUAACAAUGGUUAACUUAAUGUAAUUCUUUGUAUAAUUAUAUUCUAGCAUGUUGAUUUGAAUAUAUAAACUGAUGACAAAAAUAAUUCAAAAAAGUCAAUACUCAAACCAAAAAAUUUAUCUCUUGCUAUAAUUUCAUUAGAAGUAUUCUUUAAUGAAUUUAUUCUUUUUAGAAUCAACUUUUUAAAUAAUCACAAACUACCAAAUAAUCUAACAAUUAAUCCCCUUAAAACUAAAUAAAUUCACCGAUAAUUAAAUAAAAAGAAUAAUAUUAAUUUGAUUUGCAAAUAGUAUUACUAUUGAAAUAAUAUAAUGUAGUUAAAAAACACAAAAACAAGUUCCUAAGAUGAUUAGUAACAGAACUCUUAAAUAACUUAAAAUAAAUAGUCAAUUUUAUCUGAUGAUCUAUCAUAUCAUAAGAAAACGCUUGAGGAUAUACUUUGCAAUAAAAAGCAACCUAAAUAAGCAGUUAUAUAAAAGCCACUUAAUUAAAAAUAAUGUGAAAAUGACAAAAGAGUAGCUAAUUAAAAUCAUUGUAAAACAGAAGUAUCUCCAUCUUAGAUUUAAUAAAAAUAUAAAAUUACUGAAGAACGAUUAAAUUAUGAUUAGGAUCAGUAUCUAAAAAUAAUACUAUAUUAUAAAUAAUAAAAGUAAAGAAUCUUAAUAAUUUUAGGUAUCAUUAUUUGUUUAAAUAUUAAAAUAAAAUGACUGAUGAUCUUUUUAAUUAUUUGAUUUAAUAAAUAGCUAGUAUUGAGAAGUAAUUUAUAAAGCAUGGAGGUGGCACAGGUUCCACAGAUGGGGAGUCUAUUUAAUAAGGUAUUUGAAGUUUCAUUUUUAGAGUUAAAUAAAAUAUGCUAGUUUCAAACACUAUCAAAAAAUAUACCAUAUGACUACUAUCUUACUUUAAACGAAUAGACAUUGGAUGUUUUCAAAGGGAUAACUCUUCAGAUUUAGCCUUUCUAUUCCCAACCUAUCAUAACAAAAAGAGUAGGAUUAAAAGAUUUUACAUUAAUUAAAUGUAUAGGUGUUGGAGGAUUUUCGAGGGUUUACAUGGUGAGAAAGAAAGACAAUGGGAAGUUUUAUGCUUUAAAGCUUAUUGAUAAGAAAUUUAUAUUUGAAAAUUCUAAAGAAAUCAUAGUUUAGAAUGAAAGAGAUAUCAUGACUAAAAUGAACAAUCAGUUUGUAACACCAUUACAUUAUUCAUUUGAAUCAAAAUAUUAUAUAGCAUUUGUUUUAGAAUAUUGUGCUGGAGGUGAACUAUUUUACCAUCUACGUAAACUUAAGAGAUUAAGUGAAUAAGAUGCUAAAAUCUAUUUCGCAGAAAUUUGUUUAGGAAUGACUUAUUUGCAUUCUUAGAAUAUAGUUUAUAGAGACAUUAAACCUGAAAAUAUUCUCUUAGAUUUACAAGGACAUCUACUAUUAAGUGAUUUUGGAUUAUCGAAGCCAGAAAUGACGCCAGAUGAUAUUGCUUAUUCAUUCUGUGGAUCUCCAGAAUACAUGGCUCCAGAGAUGCUCAUGAAGACAGGACACAAUUAUUUGGUUGAUUGUUAUUGUUUAGGAGCAUUAUUAUAUGAAUUAGUUACUGGAUUGCCUCCAUUCUAUUCACAUAAUACUUAAGAUAUUUAUAAUUCAAUUUUGACUGAGUAAAUACAAUUUCCAAAUUAUGUCCAUAUUUCACCUCUUUUGAAAGACUUGAUACAAUUAUUAUUGAAAAAAAACCCAGAAGAAAGAAUUGGACAUUAAAAUGGAAUUAUCGAAAUCUUACAUCACAAAUGGUUUUAAGAUGUUGAUUUUGAAGCAAUUUUAAAUAAAAAAGAAAAGCCUCCUUGUAAACCAUAUCCUUUAAAAUAUAAUUUUGAUGAAGAAGAAUUUAACAAAGGAGAUGCAGAAUUUAGAAAGCAAUUUCAAAUUAAUUUAUAAAAAGAGUAUCAAGUAUUAUUUUUAAUAUAUAUCAUAAGAAUGUUGAUACUGCAAAUUGUUUAUUGGAUAACUUCUAUUACUCUAGAGAUAGUGUAUAUGGAUAAGUAAAAUCAAGAAGAACUACGAAAGUCAAUUUAAAUUCAUUAGAAAAUAAAGCCAUCAUGGCUGAACCGUUUUCAAUAAUUCAAUCAAUGAAGCUUUAAUCACCACAGUAAGACUAGAAAGAACAAUAAUUUUAAUAGUCUCCAUAAGUAUCAAAACGAAUAAAUGGAACCAAAGGAAGAAGUGAAGCUUUUGAUAACUAAAAAAAACCAGAAUCUAUGACUUAAUCAGCUUAACUUUAGCAUUAAACUUCAAAGUUAGGACAUAAUUAUUCAAAAACUAUGUAGCAAACCUAAUUCUCACUUUAAGAAUUUAAAGUAUUCAUUUUUGAUAGAUAAUUAGCAAAUUAAAUUUCUAAUUGAUUAAUCUAGGGCUUUAUAAAGUUCAGAUAGAAUAACUACGAUGCCUGAUUAAAAUAAAAAAAAUAUAUUUGAAAGAGUUAAAACUGAGCAAUUUGGAAAUUUAGCAUCUCCGAAAACCACAACUAGUAGUAAUUUACAUAAAAUGAAUAAUUUUUAAGCAUUAUUUGGAUCUGAUAGUAAAAAGAAAAAAUUAUUUUGA